CCUCUCUCCUCCAGGCCCAUCUGUCCCCACCCAGCUAAGGCCAUGCCCUCCCUGGGGACCAUCCGCAGCCUGCUACUCCUCAGCGUGCUCUGGGUGGACUUGACCAUGGCGGGCUCCAGCUUCCUGAGCCCCGAACACCAGAAAGUGCAGCACAGAAAGGAGUCCAAGAAGCCGCCAGCCAAACUGAAGCCCCGAGCUCUAGAAGGCUGGCUCCCCUCUGAAGACGAAAGUCAGGCGGAAGGAGCAGAGGACGAGCUGGAGAUCAAGUUCAACGCCCCCUUUGAUGUUGGAAUCAAGCUGUCAGGGGCUCAGUAUCACCAGCACAGCCAGUCCCUGGGGAAGUUUCUUCAGGACAUCCUUUGGGAAGAGGCCAACGAGGACCCGGCCGACAAGUGA